UUGCUUAGUUUCCCUUUUGCAAACCAAGUUUUGCUCAAUGAGAAAUAGACUCUAAAUUCCUUCUUGUACCUUUGAAAAAUCUUCUCCACGUGUAUGAUUUGUCAAAAGAUGCUGAAUUAUGCACUGGCAACUGCUAAAGCUAAGAGCCAUGCUGCACAGAUAAAAUAAAUUUUAGUCACCACAUCUUUAGUUACUCAGCCUGGAAAGCUGACAGAUGCCAGCUUCAAAUGCAUGGCAUUUCCUGCAGAAUCACAUGUCAAAGCCAAAAUUAAGGUUCAGAAAUGCAUUUGGUUGCUAUGUGGAAAUGUUGGCCAUUCCUGGAUUAAUGGUUUUGAAAAAGCAAAUGGUAAGGUAAGAAAAGGAAAUAAAGGAAAGAACCAAACAACUGAAGCUUGUGUUUCACGCUUUAAGUGACCUGACCAAGUGUGGCUAAAUUCCCUUUUAAAAUCAAAUGACCAUGAUGCAUCUCCCAUGGUGCUGCAGUAUGAAUGCUAAAAGGAUUAAAACUGCUCAGGUCACAGAGCUUUAUUUUUUGCUCUUUUAAGGGCCAUGUUAUAUCUGAGGCCUUAUAUUCCUUCUUUACAUAGAUAUGAGUGCAUGGCAGGAAAUUGCAUAAUUUCCUGUGCCAUGAAGUAAAAUACCCUUUUAUGUUCUGUUUGGAGUCAAAACCACAAAAAAUGGUCAUUUUUAAAAGUUCUUUUCUUCUGAAUUAUUUUUAAUUAAAUAGUAAUAACAUUCAAAAGUGUUAGAAAUCAAUACCAUGACAAUAUAAAUAUUUAAGUGAAAACAGCUUUGUAGUAACUGUUUGUGUAGGAGCAGUCUAUCCAUACACCCUCCUUUCUGAACAUUGUAGCAUUAUUUAAAACAAAAGAGAAUUAGGGACUAUUUUGGUAUUUGUUACUGUGCAAUUCUCAAAGGUGGAACAAACUACUCAAUCUAGAUAGAAGAGGAAUGGAAUGAAGAGGAUAAAUAAUAAAUCACCACUAACAGUAACCAGCUCACUAGAUUUUAAUAAUUAGUUAAUGAUUUGAAAUUUUAUUAAUAGAUCUAAAAUCUUUUAAAAUGCAUUUCAAAUAAUCUACAGGCCUUUAAGACCAUUCUCUCAAUAGGUAUCAGCAUUCUGAAGACAAAGUAAAGCUUCCUGCAAAAAUUCAGUGUCAUGCAUACAGCCUCUUUCUGUUUAAAAAGAAUGAACAUCAAGCACCAGGACGAGGGAGUAUAGUCUGAUCCAGGUCAUCAUUUCCAAGAUGGUUUUGUACCUCUUGGAACUCCCAGCUUCCAGGGAUGUUCUCCCUGUAUGAGCCCAGCUCACCCAAAGCUCAGACAAGCAGGCCUGGUGCUGUUGCUGGGCCCAUCCAGAAUUCCACCUCCCCAUCCUUUCAAUCACAGCCCCCUUGUGCUGUUAACAUCAAGGACAAAAGCCACAUGUAGGUAAUUAUUUUUGAAACUGAAUACAUCUAAGUUCCAUGGUGUAAAACCCACUGACAUGCAAUAGCCCCAGAGCCACUUCAGCAGCAGAUGUUACAGAUGGGAAACAACCACGUGAGUAGUUCAGCUCAUUUUCCUGUUGUUGCAGGUAUCUUUUUGCCAAUCAGUAGAUUUGCUAAGGCACUGCCCAAGCUAAUUUUGAAUAGCUCAGUGAGGACUAGCAGAAGUCUUUGGGCAGCUGCUCCUCUGGUACUCUAUCUGAUGUACCAGAUCAGAGAAGUCUAAACCAUCAAUUCUGUCUUGUCAUCUGUGUGUGUUAGCACUUAAUUUUGCCUUCUACAAUCUUUCAUUGGGUUUUGUAAUUUUCUGUGAAAGUAACAGGCCUUUUUAGAGUUUUCUUGCACUCCACUAACAAAUUACUAUUUUGCACAACAACUCAUCAUUUUUAGCAGAAGUUGCUUUUUAGGUCUCACUCAUCUUGGCCUUUCAUCUUUAUUUUUGGCCUGCAGAAAAAGUAUAUUUUCCAGCAAAGUUAGUAAUGCAAAUUAUUCAACUUGCAUUAACACAUACUUCAUAAUCUUUCUGCCUUUACAACUUCUCCUGGCAAUAGAAAUAAAUUACAGCUGCUAGAAUAUAGUGUUAUUCUUUCUCUGUCUGAGUUGGGGAAUAGUGAUUCAUUUUCUCUCUUUCUUAGCAAAAGAGGACAGUCUGUUCAGUGAAGCAAAACUUAUUAGAGCUAAAAUUAACUGGAGGAAAUACAAUCCAUAAUUAAGCCAGGUUACUUAGUGCCACAGAUGCAGUAUAAAGAGUAUUCCAACUGUAUUAGCAUGACAGGAAAACGGGGACAUCACUCAGUUUUUGGAAAGCCAAUUGCCACACAAACUUGGCACAGAAUCAGUAAGGGCUAUGGGACAUUGAAUCUGCACAAUAAGGCAGAAGAAAUGGACUUUUAAAGAAAAAGUUUGAUAAACUUCUACGCUAUAAAUACAGUUGCAAGGGGAAAACAGCAUUUUAACUAGGCUGAUAAAUGGGCUCUGAUUAGAAAUUAAGUGGUGCUCCUACAGAAUUCAACUAUUUCCCAGGAAUUAGGACAUUCCUUAAUGAGGUGGAUGUGGUGUAAAGCAAGCAAUUCGGGGCUGUAUGCUUAUUUAUCUGAUUCAACUGCAUUAGCUAAAUGUCAGUGCUUUUGCCAGCAGCCUAUGCUGCAGCCAUCGGAGCAGUGACAAGUCCUGCUUCCCCAGCUAACAAACAAGGAACAGACUGGGGCAGUGGGGAGGAGACUGCUGAAGGCAUAGAAAACACUGUAUUUAAACAGUUGUGUUUGUUUUUCUGUUUAAAAAAAAAAAAAUCUUGAAGAUCUCCUUUCUGCCAGAACACUGGCACUUUGCAAACGCUGCCAACACAAACUCCUGCGAGCGAGCCAGCUGACAUCAGCUGACCAAGGACGUGGGGGGACUUUGGACAUUUUAUCCAUUCCUCCUCAGACAGCCUUUUGUCCUGCCCAUCUGACCAAAACAAGCUCAUGAGUGAAAGCAGAAGCUGCCGAUGGAAGAUGUGCUUCUGUCAGUGCAACCAGAGAUACACAGCACCAGGAGGGAAGAACUCAAUAGGAUGUGAUCUUUCAGGUAUUCCCAUUGGAUAUUUCAGUCUGGCCUGUACUCGUGAUGAGGAAAAACAGCCUCAUGUCCUUGCCUAGAUUAAAUGCACUGGACAGUUUCUGCAUAACUCAAGCAGAUGAUAGUUUGGACCACAAAAGUUGCUACUGUACCUGGCUCCUCAGCAGGAGAGUAAACACUAAGGACUUGAGGGUGAGGUUGCAGCAUCUUUGGAAUGAGAUCUGUGCACUCAGAGCAACCACAAUUGGUCUCAGAUAUGGGAAAGUUCUGUUUCCCAGAGUCAAGUUAGCCAGGGCUCACAACACUGAUCCAAAGUCCCUCUUAUGACUUUGCACCCACUGGAAGGAGGAAGGGAAUGCAUGAGAGGCAGGUAAGUCAGAUGAUACCUGACUGAGCACAAAGCCUUUUGGCACAAAUAUAACAAGGCCAAAUUUUUGCAACAGAUCCCAACCAUCAGAAAGAUCAACACAACUGCAUUGGGUAGCUCUGCUGUUUUCAGUCUAGCUCUGGGAGACACCCAGAUGUCUUGUGUUAUCAGGCCUUACCUUCUGGAAACUUUUCCAUGCCAGAUACUAGCAGAGCAAGCUGAGGCCACAGGGAGCAAACUCUAGGGAGCUGUCCUGGACCACAGAAGUUGCCUUUCACAUCACUCAAGCAAGGGCACUUUUAAUAUGUGCCCAGCUGUAAUACAAAAUGAUUAUGUCCAUGGCACUUGAAAUCUUCAAAAGUUUAAUAUUCAGACCCUCAAUACUGCAAAUACAUUUCAAACAUUCUUGUUUCCCAGGAUAAUAGCUACAUAAUUAGGGCAAGCCUUUCACACUUUCUCUUUGAUCCCACUGGAUUUAUUUAGCAAAAGUCAUUGCACGGAUGUGCCCAGCAAAUGUCUUACAGAAGUGCUUGUAACAAAAUUAAAAGCUUAAAUAUAGAGAUUGUCUCUCCACUAAGUACUGGCUUUUAUUAAAACUGGGAGUUGCUCAUACUUCACCCCUUGCAGCCUCUUUGAAUCCUCUGUUUGACAUUUCAAAAGUGCCAUGCAGGUUCUAAUACACAUUACACAGAAAGAGCUAUUAUAAAAUUCCUGACUUUUUCUUGUUUGCACGACAAAGGGGGAAUGGCAAAUCCUCCAACUGGACCAGAUAAUCACCCUCCUGUGAAAAGCCUCCAAUAUACAUCCUCUGUUUUCUUCUUAGCUGAGCUUCAAGUGUGUUUGGUCAAUAAUUUUAUUUUGGGUGUGAAGCCCAUAAAUCACUUUCCAAUACACAUUGGACAGCAGAGAGUCCUGGUGGAUUUGGCAUCAGCCACAGGAGAAAUCACAUCCGGAUACAGGAAAGCUGGGUGCUGCUGGAGCAAUCAGACAUUUUCAUUUCAUGUUGUCAUGGUCUUUUGAAGAACACUCACUGCAGAGUAGGAGCACUCUCUGGGACAAAUACUAAUUGGAUGGAUAAAUAAUUAUGGGAUUGUGUCUUCUGACACAAGAGAGAGACCAUUACAAAUCCAUGGACUGCAGUUUUAUCCAGGUUACCAUAUAAACCUAACAAAUUCCCUGCUGGAACUGAGCUGGCCAAUAUUUAGAGGACUCAUGUGCAGAAAGCUUUGUCAGCCAUGUGAACAUUGCUCAGGUGGUUUCCAGCCUCUGACCCAGCCCCAUGGUGUGACCAGCUUUUACCCCAGCCUCUAGGAAUCAGUAAUGUGCCUGGAGAGACGGUCCUGAGGGAAGAGCUGGGUGUAUGGAGCUUUCCUAAAGGGGUGAGGGGUCACAAAGGUUUCAGGAAAAAACCUUCCCUUUUAUUCACAAGCGCAGGAGUAUUUGACAUGAGCUGAACUUGAAGCUGACAAACGAAGUGGAUAUUUUUCACUGCUGUUUGUGUCUUGGGAAUGGAUGUAUUUUGAAGUAAUACACAAAUGCAUGUCUAAAAUUCAUCUCAAAGUGCAGGAUUAAAGAAUGUGCUGCCUUGGGCCAUGCACAGGCUGUUACUUUGUAGUCUGUUCCAUUUUCAUCUUAAAACUCAAUUUAGCUAAAUAAGGUGCCCUUUUAACAUCUAUCAGGGGCUUUAUCACGUUUAAGAAGACAAGUUUCUUAAAAGGUUGUAAAGACAAAGUGAGCAGUAACAGAAAUGUUGAGUGGGGCUCUUUCAGACGACUUUAUUGCCUUCCCCUGAGUGCAAAACAGGCUGCCUCCCUCAGCUGACACUUGUUUUAAUGAGGGAUGAGCCACAAAGGGGUGAUUUAGUACAAGUUCAUUGCAUUGCAUCCUCCAGCCAGACUGUCCUCAGGGCACACCAUUCAGCCUGGGCAUUGGGUGAAACUGGACCAAUUUAAAAUCAUUUACAGAGGCAUAUAAAAUCCAAAAGGGCUUUUGAUGCUGAAGACAUUUAUACAUAGGCUCAGGUAUGUGGCUGCUGGAGAGGAUGAGAAUCUGCCCCAGGUGCCAUGAUCCUUCAUGCUUUUAUCAAUCACAUUUUAUUUCUUCAAUUCAAUUCUCCUGGGGUUGGUGCCAAAAAUAGAUUUCCACACUUUAUGCCAGCAAAGCCCAGGGAAGAAAAAGGUGUAAGUUUCCAGUUUAAAUGUUACAAGGUAAAGCUCCAGCCUCCUCAUCCCAACCUUCAGAUCAGCUCCACUCUCCAGAGCCAGUGCUCUACUGUGGCUGUUAACAGCAUUCAAAAUACUGAUAUUCUUCAUCCAUGCUGGGAAUAGUGCAGUGGUUUCUCAUGUUCACUGAGAAGGGAUUUGCCUUUACAUAAAGCCCUCUUCUUCUAAGCAUGAGCAUUAUGAAACCCACAGGAAUCCAUAGAGUGAUGGGGUGUUUUUCUAAAAUGUCACACCCAUACAUCUUCCACAUUCUGUGAUUCAGAAGCAGCAUAAAAGCCCAUCAAUCAUUCGACUGCUGUGACUCACUGCCCUGAUUCAUACACUUGAUACAAAUAUUCAGAGAUCAAAGUGGAACCUAACCCCCCCCCACCCCAAAGAUUAAAAUGAUUUUUCAAUGCUUGCCAUAAAAAUGGACUUCCAGCUACAGCUAAAGCUUCUCCUGAUUGUUAUUGGCAAGUUCUCUGCAGUAAAGAUUGAUGCUUCGUUUAGGAAUCAUAUGGUGUAGCACAUAAAGCAAUGUAUUCUGCAGCUGUGCUUCCUCCCUAGCAAGGCUGAGCAGGGGACACCGAUUGCUCAGGGGGCUUCUGGGCAAAUAUUUACAGGGGAUUAAAAAAGAAAAAAGGGAAUUUCUUCCCCGUGAUGGAAUCUAGGAGCCCCCUAAACCUUCUUGUAUUAACUUUGCAGUGGACGAAGGUGUUAAACUGGCAUGUGUCUACCAACAGGGGAGUGAUCCUUUUAAGUCCUCUGCUUCGUCCCCACUUGUGAAAUUUGUUGUGCCAGUGGGACGAGGCUGGCUAUAAAACCCCAGCACGGGGGACCUCCAUGCAUCUCGGGCAGCCUGCCAGCACAUCUCUACAUCUCUGCCGAGAGCAGCCCCAGGGAGAUCCCCCCCUUCAUCUCUGCCGGGCAGGGAGCUGCUUUGCUGGCGGAGGAGGAUGGACCUGAGGUGUGCCUGGAUGCUCUGCGUGCUCUGCCUCAUCCUCACGGUGCAAGCAUUCACCCAGGAACGCUUCAAGGAGGUGGUGCUGAAGCAGCUGGGGCUGUCCGAGGUCCCUAAACUUCACUCGAGAGACUUGGUGGACCUGGUUAUCCCAGAGCACGUCAAGAACAAGUACAUGUCCAUGCUGAAGCGCCAGCGGGUGAAGCGCCGAGCUCUGCCGAGCCUGGCUGGCAUCCUCAGGGCGAUCCCGGGACACACAGGUAUGACAGGGGAAGUCCUCUACUCCGACACAGCCACACGCCAGAAGCUGAUGUUUGACAUGGAAGGCAGAAUACCUAAAAACAGCGAGGUCACAAUGGCUGAACUGAAACUCUUCAAAAAGCCUCUGGACAGAACAAACCUGCCUGCCAGGCAGUCUCACAGGCCCGUGUCCAACGCCAGAGUCAGCGUGUACUGGGUGCAGCAGCAGCACGAUGGUACCAACAGCACCUCCCUGAUAGAUUCCAGGCUGGUUCCUAUUCGUGAGUCGGGCUGGAAGAGCUUCGAUGUGACCCAGGCCGUGCAUUACUGGCUGCGGAGCAAGAGGCGGGAGCCGAUGUUCCUGGAGGUGCGGAUCGAAGGGGAAAGGCUGGGCAGCUACGCCUCGGAAAUGGCCAGAGCCGUGCGCUUCGCCUCGCAGGACCCCAGGGACAAAGCCCCGGGCAAGCCUGAGCUGGUGCUUUACACCCUCAGCUUGGAUGACUACGGGAGCCCUGGUGACUGCAGGGAGGAGGCGGCGCCGGGGAAAUCCACCUGCUGCCGGCAGAAGCACUACAUCAGCUUCCGCGAGCUGCCGUGGGCUCAGCACUGGAUCCUGGAGCCCGCGGGCUUCCAGGCGUUCCGCUGCUCCGGGAGCUGCCUGCAGCCGCCCCUGCGCCGCCCCGGCUCCGCCCGGCGCUCCUGCGCCGUGGCCGGCAGCUCGGCGCUGCCCGUCAUCUACCUCGUCAAGAGGGGCAACCACACGGAGAUUGAGGCGGCCGAGUUCCCCAACAUGGUCGUGGAGAGGUGCAGCUGCGUGGCGGAUGGCGCGGCGCUGGUGUGACGAGGCGGUGGCGUGGGGUGUCAUCCAUCCCCUGCAGCCCUGCCGGGAGCCACGCCGGCCCCCAGCCCCAGGGACAGCGGGGAAGGUCCUGGGGGGCUCCUGCCGGCACUGGGGCCCUGCUGCCCUGCAGAGAGAGUGCACUUGGAGGCACUGUCCGUGUAGAUGGGCUCAGAGGAGCGUGCAUUUCACACGUGUGAGUGGAACCUUAGGAGCCUUGUGCUUCUCAGGGCCUCCUUGGUGCCAGCUAAAUGUCACUGAAUUUAUUUCAGCCCCCACCCUGGAGUAAUGCAAACAGCUCCAGGUAAAAGAAGAGUGCCCAUCAGCAGGUGAAGAACAAAUUCGUGGGCUCAGCUUUUCCUUCUUAGGCUGCUGGGUUUGGUCCUUUUCUGCCCAGGCCGUGUUUUUGGUGAGCUGGAGAGCAGAAGCACUUACAUGUAUAUAAACUGUACACACAUGUGUACACAUGUACAGAGUGUAUGAAUAAAUGUGUGUAUUGUCUACAUACUGGAUAGCUACAUAUUGAUUACUUACAUAUAUAUAUAUGUACAUAAAAUAUUGCCUAGAGCUCAAAGGAGCAUAUUUAUGUGCAUAUGUAUUGCAUGUACAUAUACUUAUCUACAUGUACAUAAAAUGUUAUCUGAAACUCAAAGGCUUAUAUUUUUGGUCCCUGCACCAUGAUCUUCACACAGUUUUCAGCAGAAUUUAGAGUCCUGGAAUCAACAGGAUCAUUAGGACUUGCUUGCGUGAGUAACAGUUUGUUUUUCUGAUUCUGUAUUACAGUUAUUUCAA